AUGGAAAGUGCUAGCUCCACUCCCCGGCGCAACAUUGGCGCAGUCGGUAGGACAAUUAGAACCCGGUCUUCAGCCGGGGAUGAGGUUUCUCCCGAAACUUUGGAGACACUUUUCGAGGGCCUGCAAAGGAACAUCUCCAUGCAGUUUAGGGAGCAGCAGCGCGAUUUUAAUGCUCGUUGGGAAAAGGAGCGCUCUCGCGCAGAAGAGAAACAGCAAGAGGAAAGAACGGCUUCUUCAGCGAUUCAGAAGGCGUUGGAAGAACGGAUGGCAGCGAUGGAAAGCAGUUAUCAGGUUUUAUCGUCCAAUUUUCAACUAUUUUUAGAAAAAUUUUCGGCCACGGCAGUCCGUGAUGGGGAUCGCGAGGCCCUUCUUGUUAAUCCUUCCACUUCUGCUGGUCUCGCGAUACCCCAGCCUUCACCUCCGGUCUCUCAACAGGGAGUGUCUGGUGUGUCGCGGAACGUUUCCGAUUUAGGCUACGUUCUGAAACCACCAAAGUUUGAAGGUAAAACUAACUGGGAGGAGUUUAAACUCCAGUUUGAGGCGAUUGCAGGGGCAAAUCGUUGGGAUGAGCCAAGGAAGGCCUUGGCCUUGGUUGCAUCACUCGAGGGACCGGCGCGGAGUAUUUUGACUUCUCUUUCCGUUGAAAAACAGACUGAUUUUCCCGCGUUAAUUUCGGCCCUUGCGUUCCGUUAUGGAACGAAAAAUUUUGAGAACCUUAAUUAUGUGAAGUUCCAAAAUUAUAAGCAACGGAAAGGGGAAUCUAUUUCCGAUCUAGCCACGGAGAUUGAGAGGCUGGCACAGGCCGCUUUUUGCGAAUGCCCUUUAGAAAUUAGAGACAAGCUUGCCGCCUCACAAUUUGUUUCCCCACUGGCUAAUGAGGAAAUGAAACGGAUGCUGAGGCUCGGGGGUUUCACAUCUCUCAGGGCUGCUGUUAUCAGGGCUCUGGAGAUUGAAGCAGUCGAGUCAAUGGCUAAUGCAUCCGAUAUAAAAAAAAAAAAAAACAUUUUCUAA